AUGGGGAUUUCAUUAAUUUUGAAUAUUUACACCCUAAUUCUAUUCAAACGAAAAAAUAAUAUUGUAAUUCAAAAAAACAACAAAAAAUACUCCGAAAAUAAAAUUAAAAUGGAGCGACGCCUAACUGUAUAUGUGUUGGUCACAUUUUUGGGGCAAUUGAUAGUCUCCCUAUUUAUGGUCACUUGGUUUACUGCUUCAGCAGCUUUGAAACCCUUUGUAGAUAAGGACACUUACAAUCUGAUAAACUUUGCCGUGCAAAAUCAGAGUGAGUUUAGUGUGAUUAUUUGGUUAUGUAAGCAAGAGAGAUCAGUCAAUCAUAACUUUGCAGAGGGGUUCGUAAGUAAGGAGGAUUUCUGGGGAUUCUUAUUAUUAGGUACAUUUUCCAGCUCCAAUUCCGUCUUCACCUACUUUCAUCUUGGGAUAUGA